CACAGAGACACAAGGAGAAGUUGUAAUGGAGGGAACAAGGGAGACCCAUAGUGGAAGAUUAAGGCGCAGCCGCAAGCUUAAGAGGACUCUAAGGAGGAUAAAAGCCAAAGCUGCUGCUGCCAAGGCGGAGAUAACCCGCGUGAGAGAGGAAACGGCGGGAAUGGUCGCUGCAAUGGAGGACCUCAAACUCGAGAUCGAUCUGUUGAAGUCAGCGCUCCGCCAGCAUUCUGAAGACAUGCUUCUUAUCUCAGAAGCAGUGGACACUGUUACCCAGAUUAUACUUCAGCUUUAAUUAGCCAUGGUUACAAAAAGACCAGCUAUUUUGCUUUGAUGUUCUGUUGUGUCAGGGAUCUAAUCUUCCAUAUCUAAUCUUCCAUGACUAAGUCCCAGGUUUGGUGUUAUUUUAUUAAUAAACAACUCGGUUGUGACCCUUUACUCACGCACUUUAUGUAACGUUUGGUUUUAGGUGGUCUUGUUCUUCAGCUUCCUAUUAGGAUAGAGAGGAGGUCAGGGCCCCCUGUCUAGUAGAGUCAAGUGUUUUCGGUUUUGCUGGUCUUUUUGGUUAAACUGCAGAUUUUGGGUUGUUUUCUCAGUUAACUAUUGUAAAAUCUGCAUCUCUUAAUAAGAUUCAACACCAUGA